GGCCGAACGACAGCUGGGAGAAAGUCUUUUCAGAGGGAUGCUCUGAAACGCUGUCACAUCGUUCAAGGGUGAAAGGCCAUCCGAGUACGAGCGAUGACGAAGUAUUGGCUGAAUGUGGCCCUCCUCAGGGUCGUUCUACCGGUUGUCCUGACAAUAUGUACAGUAUGGCGGCCUGUAGGACUGUCCUUGGUCUACCUGGGCCUGAUGCUCUACUCACCCCACGUACCAAUACCAAACACAAAGACAAUGGCGGGCCAUACGGGAAUAUACCUGAAGUCCUGCAUCGGCCUAUCUUUCCUCACAGCAGUCAGCCAAUUCACGUUUCACAUAGUUCUGUUAGCGCUGCCUGCCUAUGGUCACUUUCUUCACAAUUGCGAGUCGCUGGAAGUGAUCUUCAGACAUUUAGGUUUCGUAAGACUAGAUAGCGCGUCCCCCUGGGAGAUCUUCUUCUGGUUGACACCAGAGCUAGUUGUUUUACCCACCACCGUCGCGGUGUACUUCAUAUGUCGUUCCUUAACGCAGGAACGUGUGUCUGAUGUAGAAGAUGACGCUUCUUUGCACAGGGUAGCUAACACCUCCAGGAAAACCGAAGACAAUACCGCGAAGAUAAUCAAUUUUCUUGGACGUAUAGGGACCUACGUGGUCCUAGCCUCGUUAUGCAUCGUGUCUGCCCUGAACCCAUCCAUAGAAGGUGGUUUCUACUUCCUGGUGUUCCUUGGCGCCGCUACCUGGUGGGCGUGCAACAAGGAGCUCCGAAAGGGUUUCGCUGUGCUCUGCAGGAUCGUGAUGGUGAUCGUGACCCUUCAUAUCCUGACACUGCUCACCUACCAGAAUCAAACCCCUCAGGAAUUAAUCCCAUUGAACAGCACUUGGCAACGAUACCUGGCCCUAUCCGCGAUCUAUCAGACGAAUUGCAGCGAUCCUAGGAACGUGGAGUACACGAACGAUGCCGAUUGGUUGAUUUACGGCUACUGUUUGAGGCUGUUCUGGCUCUAUUACGUUCUGACGUUACAGUCGCAGUUCCUGAGCAUAAAGCCGGCGUUACAGGCGAAGAAAAUGAAACGUUUGAGCGGAAAGCUGGAGAAUCUGGACACACCAUUGUCCAGACAUGUGUCCAUCAGGCGAAGGACACCUUCACAAAGAUGGCAAUCGGCGAGACGAAAGGCUCGCGUAAGGAUCUUGCCGAUCGUUAAUUCGUCGUUUCCAACAGCGAACGAGCGCACACCCUUAAUGAGGUUUGGGUCUGGCCGAACGGGAUUACUUCAGGACUCUACCGGAAGCGUCAUCGUUCAGGAUGGUCAUCAGGAUGAUGGCAUCCCAAUGCACAGUUUCAGCGAAGGUGCUCCAGACGAUCAUUCUGGAAUCAUCGAGAACAUCAUCAUGGCUGUCUACUCCAUCUUCCAGUUGAUAGUUAAUUCAUCUUACCUCGCUACAAACAUCACAAUGAUGACCUGGAGUAUAAUGUACCAUAGCUGGACUACCUUCGCCCUUCUACUGUGGGCCCUGAUCCUCUGGAUGCUACCCAACAAACGCGCUUCCAUGAUGAAAUGCUCUCCCUUCAUUGUUUUUUACGCGACCGUUUUACUGCUUGGUCAGUACAUUUACAGCAUGGAUUUGACUGAAGAAGAGCUACCGACUCAAAUAAACGGGGUGAUGAUGUCGGAGAUAGGCUUCAGCAAGCCUCAAGAGCUUGGUCGCUGGCAUUUAAUAGUCAAAUGCCUCUUCAUAACAAUAUUUUGGAUAACAAUGAGACAAUACACCGCUGAAAGGACACGCCAGAGGCGUUCCUCGACGUUGAGAGACAUGGUGGCCCCACUACACGUCUCCGUGUCGACAGCCACCACAGCCAUGAACCACGAGGUACCAGAAAUUAAAAGUAAAUUCAUGAAAGACGUCGGAAUACUCCUGAAGAAACUGUUAACUAAAUUCUGGAUCGCUGUGGUGGCCAUCAUGCUCUUCGUCAGCGGAAUCACGGGAGAACGUAUGACGGUCUUCAGGAUCGUCUACAUGUCCCUUUUCCUUGUUCUAAUCAUUACGUUCCAGAUCUCCUGGACUGUUUGGAGAAAGAUGAUGUACACAUUCUGGCUGACUGUCAUUGGCUACUCGGUGAUCAUGUUGAUCCUCGUCUACACGUAUCAAUUUAACAAUUUCCCAAAAUACUGGAACUAUCUGCAUAUUGAUGAAGACCUGCAAAUGGAUAUUGGCUUGGAAAAAUACGCGACCAAAGAUCUGUUCGUCAGAUUACUGACACCGACGUUUUUCGUCAUCAUCACAGUUCUUCAGAUUCAUUACUUCCACAAAGAGUUCCUGGAAGCGACAAACAUCGAGAAAGUUGGAAUCGAAGCAAGUCCUGUUACACAAGUGAAUCUCGAUCAUUCGCAAACAUUGAAUUUACCACCGACUUCGCCAACAGAAGUCUUCCUUGCUGAAGAGGAUGGCCAUGACACUCCAUACACUCUUCGACAAUUGAAACGAAUGUCGAAAAUAGAACGAAUCGCGCUAUUUCGGAGGAUAAUCACGCAUCUGGUGAAUUUCUACAACUACAUCUGGCUGUUCCUCGAAAUUCACAUGCAGAAGAUAAUCUUCACUUCGGUGAUGCUCCUCUGUGUCAAUGACGUCUGCGCCAUUAAUUUCGUAUUCGUCGUGAUAGUAGCGAUCAUGAUAAACGCCAAACGAAACAUUCAAAUUUUCACUGUGAACAUGAUCGCCGCGGUAAUUGCUUUUCUGAUGGUCGCGAAGAUGCUGUACCAAAUCCAGUACAUCGAUCACAAUAACUGGAACGUGAAUUGCACAAGCCACGUGAAUGAGACUGAGAACCCAUUUUCGAGCAACAAUACCGUGUAUAAUAUAGCAGAGUGGUUCGGUAUGAAGAAAGCAGAGCCAGGAGAACUGGCCGAGCUGUUAAAAGGAUACAUAGGAAUCAUUGUAGUAACAACAGUAAGGAAAAUCAUCAGGAUCCGACAAUGUUUCUAUCGAAAGGAAAUCGGAGAACCCUUGGACACGCCUCAAGUGAUGUUCCCCUCGAUCACCAGGGCGGACGCUGACAAAGGCAUACCAGAAUGCCUAAAAUUCUUCUUCAACUAUGGAUUUUAUAAAUUCGGCUUAGAACUAUGUCUUAUUGGAAUUGUCGCGUUAAUUGGCACGCGACUCGAUUUUUAUUCGGUUCUCUACGGUGUCUGGCUUCUGCUACUAUUUUCAUUGAAAAGGAAGACUAUAUCCAGGAUAUGGCCAUUCUUCAGGGUCUUCGGAAUUUUCCUGCUGCCUUUACAGUAUUCCUUGGUCGUUGCACUACCCUCCUGGCUUUGUAUAGACUAUCCAUGGAGUAAUUCGGAAAUACUCAGAAGGCUACAGGAAUGGAUGUACUUCCCUGAUCCUGAUUUUCCUCCGAAUCCUAGAAAACUGAUGUGUGAUUUCAUCCUGCUGAUGAUGAUAGUCCGACAGAGCAUAUACUUCCACAUCGAGCAACGAACCUCUGCGACUGGCAAAGAGUUCCCAGGCGACCAUAAUUAUUCCGUGUAUGAAAACAUGGAGAAGCCUAAUUUCGUGAAUCCAGUGAAAGACUACGUGUCACACAUUCAUUCGUGGUUAGACGUUAUAAAAAGGGGUGUCAUGAUGAGUCUCAUGUGGGUCACUCUGUCGAUCAUGUUCCUGGCUGGAACCAAGAGAACCAAUCUAUUCUCGUUGGGUUACUUGAUUGGUGCUUUCGUGUUCCUUUGGCAAGGUAGCGAUUUCUACCUGAGACCGGUCAGAACAAUCUUAAAAUGGUGGAAUAUAUUGAUCGGUUACAAUGUGGUGGUCAUCUUCUCGAAAGCUUUGCUUCAGGGAGUCGGUUGCGUGUUAAUCAAACAGCUGGAAGUCUCUGCUUGCCCAGUGAUCCAAUUAUUUGGUAUAACCUGCCUAAGAAAGUUCGAGACCUCAGCCAGCGAUAUAGUGACCGGCAAAGUGGACUGCGAAGUUCCACGAGAAGAUAUAGGCAUGGUCUGGGACGGUCUUUGCUUGAGCUUCCUGUUGCUCCAGAAAAGGCUCUUUAAGAGCUACUACUUCUUCCAUAUAGUCGACGAAACCAAAGCCAUGAGCGUCCUGGCAUCCCGAGGCGCUGAACUCCUAGAGGAACUGCACCACAAACGCAUUGACAUUCAGGAUUACGUUGAAAAGAACGUUUUGCAGAAACUAAAGUUCAAGAUGGACAAGAUCAAGGCCAGCCAGCGAAAGAUACAGGGACCUAGUUAUAGAGAACCACAAACCCACAAAGUUGAUACUCUCUAUCCAGGGGCACGGCCGUUGUACAGAGUUCGCGCGCCAAAGACCAACAGAGAGGCUAUUAGAUCCGGAGACUAUUACAUGUUCGACGAUCUGGACGACGACGAUGUCACCGACAUGAUCCCGGACGCCGAGUCCGAGAAGGAGGAAGAAAGACGUCGCGAGGAACAAGAAACCCACGGUCGAAGAAUGACCAUUACUGAGUUGAUGAGCACGCUGAUUAAGACAGACAUUGAGAUCGCGACGCACGUCGCCAUGUACGGAGGAACGGAACAGGACGCGCUGAGACUUCGUCGUCGGAGCGUACCGUUGACUAGGAAGAAAUCGUCUAUGUCCUAUCUAAGCGCACGUUCCGAGACCGACACCGCGAUGGCCACCGAUGGUGGCGAUAAAACAAGCCUCACGUCGGCCGACAUCGAAACCGAAGAAAAAGAGGAGGAAUCCACCGCAGAACCCGCCAAGACACCGGACCCGUCCGAGGACGGAGAAGCCAAGAUCGACGAGAUCGACACGAAAGAGGAAGAGAAAAAAGUGUCGUUCAUCACGUACUUCAAGUUCUUGAUCGUGAUGAUCAACAGCAGUCUGGCGUCAAUGACAAAGUACCUGAAUAGAUUCUCGAGAGAUUAUAGAUACAUUCGAAAGGUUCUAGCCAAGGAAAAGAAGGUGCUCAAGGCGAAACCUGACUUUCGAAUGGGUAUGCGAUUAGGUAUCAAUCAGAUGUGGCAGCCGAUACCACUGAUGAAAACCAGAUCGGCAACUAAUGGGACCACUGACGAGCGUUACGAUCCUGGCGAGGGUCCCAGCCAGCCUCAAUCUCAGGAGCAGAGGAAAGGAAGCUCGCUGGCGGUCCCUCACAUCCGCAUCCUGGCGCCCAGUUUGGAGCGAGGAUUGGACAUGUCCUCCUCCAGCACACUUUUCUCCGAACUUUCGCCAGUACAACACGAGGACGAGGGCGCGGAACUGUCCGAGGUUGAUCAACCCCCGAUCAUACAGUUGCUGGCGUCGAUUUGGUUCGGGAUACUGGCACACUCGAGUCUCCUCUGUUAUUUCAUGGUGUUCCUUCAUCAAAUUAAAAACGCCUCCGUUUUGUCCACCCCUUUACCACUCAUGGUGUUCUGCUGGGGCUCGUUGACCAUUCCACGACCCUCGAAGACGUUUUGGGUGACGUUGAUCGCUUACACCGAAGCGAUUGUUAUAGUGAAAUGCAUUUUCCAAUUGGAAUUACUGCCAUGGAACCGGGACGCUGCUCCAAAUAAUCCUCUUUUCACGCCCAGAAUUAUGGGGGUUGAACGGAAACUCAAUUACGCUCUCUGGGAUUUGUUACUCCUCCUUAUGGUGUUCUUUCAUAGGUUUAUGCUCAAAUCGUUAGGUCAGUGGACAACACCGUCCAUCAAACCGAGAAAAAUCAUCCCUUCUAGUUUAACUAUUGUUUCAUCCAAGCCACCACCUGUGGAUAAAGGUCAAGGGGAGACUGUGGCUGGACAAAACGAAUCAGAAAAUACUGGUUUCGUUAAUACACCUAAAGGAAGAAGAUUAAGCAUCAGUGCAUCGGGCGAUGGUGAGAAUCAGCAAACUGCACAGGAAACGAUACCUAAUGAACACGAGAAAUUAGUCGCAGUUCAGGGUGAAGAAUUAAGUCCUCACUCGGAACACUUUCACAAAGCCAUGAAUAUGACAGUUGAUAAGUACAUGCAGCCGACCAAGCAAUUCUUUGCCAAAAUUGUUAGCCCUGUUGGCAAGGAGAAGACAAAUGUGUACGCGUAUAUGUUCCUCUGCGACUUCUUCAACUUUUUGCUCCUGAUUUUUGGAUUCUCUGCGUUUGGUACGCAACAAGGCGACGGCGGAGUCACAGCCUAUUUACAAGAAAAUCGUGUCCCGAUGCCUUUCCUGUUAAUGUUGCUGUUGCAAUUCGCGUUGAUAGUCAUCGACAGAGCCCUGUUUCUGAGAAAAUCAAUCGUAGGCAAAUUGAUCUUUCAGUACUGUCUAAUAUUCGGCGUCCACAUCUGGAUGUUCUUCAUUUUGCCCAGUGUGACGGAGAGGCAAUUCAACGAGAAACUCCCGCCACAAAUGUGGUACAUGGUCAAGUGUUUCUACCUCUUGCUGGCGGCCUAUCAAUUACGACAGGGCUACCCGACACGCAUACUUGGGAACUUCUUGUGCAAAAAAUACAGCGUUGUCAACUACGUUCUUUUCAAAGGAUUCAUGUUAGUUCCCUUCCUGUUCGAGCUGAGAGCAGUGAUGGAUUGGAUUUGGACUGACACUUCCAUGACAAUAAUGGACUGGUUCAAAAUGGAAGACAUUUUCGCCAGCAUCUAUCAGAUCAAGUGUAUGAGAGGGGUGGAGGCAGACUUCCCUCAGCCAAGAGGCGUGAAGAAGAAACAAAUGAGCAAAUAUUUAGUCGGAGGUGGUGCUCUGUUCCUCAUAAUCGGCCUCAUAUGGUUCCCCCUUCUAUUAUUUGCACUCGGUGGCACGGUUGGUGACUCGAACCUACCAUACGACGUUUCAAUGAAAAUACGAAUCGGGCCAUACGAGCCGAUCUACUCAAUGUCUGCUCAAACUAGCUCGAUCGUCGGAUACAGCCAGUCUGAAUUCAAACAAUUCACGAAUUUAUACGCAAAGGACAGGCCAGCGGUCACAUUCCUGGAGAAUUAUAUUCAUUCGGACGUUGCUGCGGUGAAAUUGAGCGGAUUCUCCAGGAAGUUGUGGGGUAUAUCACCGCCAGACUUGGACAGACUAAAGACAGAGCUAGAAGAUAACAGUACCACCGUCAUCGUCCACGUGGAAUGGACAGUUUCUCGAAAAACGUACGCGAAAGACGCGAACGAGGUGACAACGAAGCUACGGGAUAUUCAGUUGCCACCGUUCGUAAAUGGAGAAUUCAAUCCCGUGAGGCUGAAACUAGCAGAAAUGCUGUCGACCGAUGACUCUACGCCCCAUAAUGGCGUGAUUACGAUACCGAACGCUUUCCCAAAGUUCUUGAAAGUGACCAGCCUAACAACCGAUGUCGUUCCCCAAUUAAUGCAGCUAAGUAUGACCGAGGAGGAAGGCGAAACAGACGAUAGUUAUCUAUUCAGGAGCAUCAAUCUUCACUUGUCUACAGACGCAGCUUGUUGCGCUCGCCAGAAAUGGUGGAUCGUCAAAGAAGUGUGCACCGAUGAUCUGUACAUUGGACGGCUGAAGAAUGUGCCCCUGAAUAGUUGUAACUAUAUCAUGAUGUUCUUGUUCAACGAUAAAACAUUCCCUAAGGAGCUGAGCUUCAUCAGUGGCUUUGGAAUCUUAGGAUUGUACACUACCGCGGUUAUAGUCAUAAGUCAAAUGAUGAGGAAGAUAGUCAGUGACAUGGCGCCAAAGAUCAUGUUCGACGAUCUGCCCUACGUGGAUAGGAUUCUCAGGCUAUGUUUGGAUAUUUAUUUGGUCCGCGAAAGCGGGGAAUUAUGUCUCGAAGAGGAUCUAUUCGCCAAAUUAAUAUUCCUCUAUCGAUCACCAGAGACGUUGAUCAGGUGGACGAGACCACCUGAGGAGGGCGAACGAACUGAUAACGAAGACCAGGAUGAGGUUGAGGACGAUAGGGAUGAGUCUCGGAUAGACUCACGUCGCGAAUGAGUUAUUGAAACGCGAGAAAAUGGCGGAAAGCCGUGAUCCUCGUCUCUAAGUUACACCGUGCAAAAGACUUUAAAAAAAUGUUGCGACCAUUAUUAUAGGUUAUUCGUUGUUUAAAGAGGGAGAGAAUUCUAUGAGGAGACCAUCGACAAUUCGGAAUGACAAUAGAUAGCGCGCACUUUCCGACAGUGACGCAAAUAUGAAUGGCUUACAAACUUUUAGAAACUCAGGAAUUUAUGACUACCGUGUUUGUUGAGAUUGUUCCUACCUUCAGAGAAGUUUAAUAUAAACGAUUGUGUAUAUACAUAAAAAA